AUGAAUCUACAAAGUUUAGUACACAUCGGGGUUGAUCUUACACUGGUAGCGAUGAUUCUCGCAGCUCUCAGACAAAACACCGGAUACGUGUUCGCUUUCGAGCAAACCGGUAUGAGCCACUAUGUGCACAAGAUAAUGAGCUGGGGAGAGUGGUGCUACGCCAAGUUUGUCAAUCAUGCAGUCAGAUCUCAGUAUUUUAGGAAACAACUUCCCGGCGACGGAUUCACGACUAUGAGUUUGAAAGAGAUCGAAGAACUAGGCAGAUAUAAUUCCAAAUCUAAUCGCCAUUGA